UUGCGUCAGCCCGAGAAGAGUGAGAAGCUUAGUCGUGGAUUCCGCUAAUUAACAACAAAAACCAUUUGUUUAAUUUAAUUACUAUCUGUAAACAGCAAACAUUAGUGCUACUAAGAGAACCGGAAAAAUGCACUUUCUAUACAACUUUGAUCCUGUAACAUCUGAGCGUGAACGUCGUAAGCUGAACCGCAAAAACUAUUUUGGAAAUCGCAAAAGUAAAUCAAUAUACAACGAACAUGGUGAAAUAGCAGCCACAGGUAAAGAUGUAUGUGAUUGCUUGGACGAAAAGUGCCCUGGAUGCCACUUCCCAUGUCCGAAAUGCAGUUCUUGUAAAUGUGGCCACGAAUGCAGGAUAAAUAGAAAAUGGAUGUAUGACAGGAUUGAGAUAGAGGGCAAUGAUGCCAUUAUUAAAAAUGAAUACAAACACAAGUAAAUUUCGGAAUUGAAAAAUUUGUAGUAUUUCUGAGAAGUUUUUAUCAAUGAACAAUGUGGUGUGAGGUUCUAAUUCAUUUCAGUUAGAAGGGUUUUGGGAAUACAGAAUGAUAAUAUGUACAAGAAAAUUUGCAAUCUUCUGGCUAGGUAUGCAAGACUGUAAGUGUAAGUAUUAAAUAUAAAAAAAUAAAUUCAUUAAAACAAAAACAA